AUGAGCUGUAUCGUGAGGCUGGAAGGCUGUUUACUAUCGAAGACGCUGAAAAACCAGCCGCAGUCGCUUGUUUUCCAAAACCCAAUCACAUUCUCGCUUUUCCAGGGCGAAAAAUGGGCCAUUGUGGGAGACUCUCACCGCUCCAAGUUUCUCCAGGCUCUCCAAGGCUCCUUCUUCGCUCUACCCCAUCCGCGUGCCAGAGCGUAUCCGCUGCGUCUAAAAAAACCAGACAUGCGAAUUGAGCUGCUGCAAUUCGUCAACAACGGCUCGUUUGGCCAUGGAGCCACCAACUCCUCCGGUGGAUUUACUCAUCUAUCCAGCCGAUACGAAUUUUUUAAAGACCGCGAGGUGGACGAGUUGGUGGCAGAUUUUGUGGCCAACAUUUCGUACAAUUCGCAACACAAAAAAGAUCCCCGGCUGCUGGACGAGAUCCUUGAAAAGGUCGAUCUCAAGGGCUUUGAGCAGAAAUAUAUCACUACGCUCAGUAACGGACAGUUCAGGCGGGCCCGCAUAGCAAAAAGUCUCUACGGCAAGCCAGACCUGCUCAUGAUCGAAGACCCGUUUCUGGGGCUGGACCCUGUUGCGAAGAAGACCGUGUCGCGUGUUCUGGAACACACGGCCGCUCCUACCACCGUGUGUCUCGGGCUCAAACUGGAGGACGAGAUCCCUCACUGGAUAGAAAAGGUGGCGGUUGUGGACCACACUGGAAUUGUCGAGAGCGGAAAUAGGGCCGAUCUGGUAGAAAUACUGAACAGCCUGCGCUCCGCACACAUAGAACAGCAGCAACAGAUGAAAAGUCAGCUGGAAGCCAAGGUCUACCAUCCUCACGAACAGUCUCUAGAACGCUCCGAAACACCAUUGCUCGAGAUGUCUGACGUGAACGUUGUGUACCGAGGUAAGCCUGCUUUGAAGAAUCUGAACUGGGUUGUUCGGGACGGCGAGAAAUGGCACAUCAGAGGCAGAAAUGGCUCUGGAAAAACCACGCUUCUGUCUCUGAUUACGUUGGACCACCCGCAGGCUUGGAACAAACAUAUUAAAAUGAAUGGCGUUCCACGAGCAACGGGAAAAACCAACUACUUUGACACCAACAAGCAGAUCGGGUUCACGUCUCCAGAACUACACGCAAUCUUCCCCAAAAAUCUCACUGUCGAACAAGCAAUUUCGACAGGCUACCAAACGGGCUCGUACAUACCUCCCAAGACGACACCCGAGCAGAAACAGAAAAUCGCCAGAUACCUGGAAAACGUCGGUCUGUUGCAGUAUAAAGAUACAAAGUUCAAAGAUCUGCCUGUGAGCAGUCAGAAAAUGGUGCUUUUGCUGCGCGCAAUGAUCAACCAGCCAAAAAUACUAAUUUUAGACGAGUCCCUCAGUGCCAUGUCCAACGAGGACAUCAUAAAGGGCAAGAGUCUGAUCGACCAGUGGAAAGGAUGCGCCCUUGUGAUUGGACAUGUUGCGAACGAGGUGCCAAAAUGCGACAAGUUCAUCGACCUGAACGGCGCGAACGAGGGAAAUUAUACCGUUGGAGAGGUGGAAAAUUAG